AUGCCUGAGCCUGUUUCCACAAACAUGCUACCAACUGGUUUACCUUUUAAUUUCAAUACUUCUCAGCCAGGCAUGAAUAACCAAUUCAUGGUUCACCAGCAGACUAUUCCAGAAGCAGCUCCACUGGGCUGGGAAGAGUGGGAUAAAGUCAUGCGGGAUUUCCAGGUUGACUUGGACAAUAACAAUUCUAUUCCAGGCAAUGUUUCUAAUGUCACUGAGUGGUUUGUGUAA